GCAGAGGCACCUCAACGUGACAUGUUGCACAGUAUCAGAUUCUCACAUGUCGAUAACGUGCUUCACUUUCUAACGUGAAACCAACAUGAGGAGGUUUCAAGGAGCGUGUAGCAGCUGUCCACCAUGUUUGGAAUCUGCAGCAGUGGCAGUGAGUUAUCGCCUGAGUGGUUUGUAGCAACAUUUUAUUUUUAGCUCUUUAACAGCGCUAGCUGACAGGAGCUAUCCGACUGCAGCUAUUUGACAGGAGCUAGCUUCGGUAAAACCACAGGUAGACAUGAGCUCUUCUCCGAAUCCCGGCUCCGCUAAUGUGACAGAGACGGGGCUGUCCAGCAAACCCGUGUCUCUUCUGGGACAUGUCCAACACGUCUUCAGCCAUGUGAGGAUGGAGAACCUGGUGGCAGGACUGAGUGGCGGCGUGGUGUCCACACUGGUGCUUCACCCCCUGGACCUGGUCAAAAUCCGGUUUGCAGUGAGUGACGGUUUACACUUCCGACCUCAGUACAGAAACAUACUGCACUGUCUGAGAAGUGUGUGGCAGCAGGAGGGCCUGAGAGGACUGUACCAAGGAGUGACACCCAAUGUCUGGGGGGCCGGAGCAUCGUGGGGUCUCUAUUUCCUCUUCUACAAUGCAAUCAAGUCGUACACAAAGGAGGGUCGUCAAAGUGAACUGACCGCCACAGAACACCUGGUGUCUGCAGCCGAAGCAGGCAUCUUGACGCUGACCCUAACCAACCCAAUCUGGGUCACCAAGACCCGGCUGGUGCUGCAGUACAAUGCUGACCCAAACAGCAAACAUUACAAAGGGAUGGUGGACGCUCUGGUCAAGAUCUACCGCUAUGAAGGAGUGCAGGGACUAUACAAGGGUUAUGUUCCCGGUCUGUUUGGCACAUCGCAUGGAGCUCUGCAGUUCAUGGCGUAUGAGGAGCUCAAGAGAGACUACAACAAGUACAAGAAAGUACCUUCAGAUGCAAAGCUGAGUGCGAUGGAGUACAUCUCAAUGGCAGCAUUAUCAAAAAUAUUUGCUGUGGCCACAACGUACCCGUAUCAGGUGGUGCGAGCUCGUCUGCAGGACCAGCACAAUACAUACAAUGGAGUUAUUGAUGUCAUAAAACGCACGUGGAGGAACGAAGGCGCCAUUGGAUUCUACAAAGGCAUCGUCCCCAACGUGUUACGAGUCACUCCCGCCUGCUGCAUCACUUUUGUAGUUUAUGAGAAUGUGUCACACUUCCUGCUGGGGAGGAAAUAAAUGUGGCUUUAAAGAAGGACAUUGGACAGCAGCAAAGACUCUUUGUGCCACAUGAAGAAACAGAGCGAAACACAUCAGACUGAACUCUCACAGAACAUGUAAAUGAACCUACAUGAGAAGAAUUCAUUUUGACUGAGACUGAAUAGAAAAAGCCACCACACAGAAUAACAGAAUAAGCAGUGGAUUUUCUUUCUUUCACUGCAAGUUCUGGAUUUCAGUAACAUUAUGAUGGGUUGUCUUAUUCAUCCUGAACUUUGACCAUGGUGGAGGGUUGUGCUGCCAUUUGCCUUAAUGGAUUUAACGCUGUUGUGAUGGAUGAUCACCUCUUUUUUUUAUGGCUUUUAAAUCAUAAUGUAGUUAUGUUUACAUCUUGUGGUAGCUCGUAGAAGAAAGGGACAUAGUCUGAAAUGGUAAAAGCUGACCAUCAACAUCAAAUAGAGAUCUCAGGUUUCUAAUUGCAUGCACGCACAAUAUAAGUUUGUAUUUUAAAUUAUUUCUUUAUGUGAAGAGCAAGAAAAAGAUGUUAUUGCAUGUAAACUCUCCAAUGUCAUUUUUUUGUUGACAUUAUCUUUGUUUUUUUUGC